GACAUGAGACUUGCACAGAGAUUACAUUUGCUCCAUAACAGACAUGAGCCUUCCUCCCCUCAGCAGCCUAGAAUAACUAACACAUUGUUCUAUCUGCAGUACCGUUUCUUUGGACAGGCCUGAGAUGCGUUCAGUUCCCUUGAACGUUUUCUACGUUGCGGAACGGUUUGUACUGAACGACACGUUUACCCACAACGUCCUUGAGCAGACUUUGAGGUACGUUUGGUGGGUGUGGCUUGAAGUAUUGAGUGUUUUUAAAGGGCAGUGCGGACGGCGUUCCCCAAUCAAAUACAGUACAGUAUGACACAAACCCAUCCGCGUUCUUCACCUGGUCAUUCAGUCAAGCACCGUUUCCGUUCAAUUGAGCGUUCCAGAACUUAAAACCAUACUGAACGCAAACCUGCUGUUUCAUUUGUUUGAAUGACAAAAGGAAAAGCCAGUCAAAUGACCAAGCGGAAUCACAUAUUGCCCAAUCACCUUAUUGGGAAAGGGGACUCUAUCUACCAUUGGCUAUACGAACGACCUGGAUGUAAAACGAGCGAGAAGCGCAUUCUGGGUUAAUGUCUAUGACAAACAAUCACAAGAGUUCAGCUGCGUAAUUGUUUUCUGGAAUGAACUGGGGGAAAAAACUAUAUCUAUUCCCUAACUAUUGUGCAUAGUGGACUGAAAACAAAACUGUCAAGUUUACAUUUGUAUCUACCGCAAUCAAAAUGAGCACUGAAGCCUUUCGAUUUGCUGAAGUUUUCUCGUACGAAAGCUUGGUGCAUGCAAUGGCAGGAGCAGCGGGGAGUGUGACGGCAAUGACAGUUUUCUUCCCACUUGACACUGCAAGACUACGGCUGCAAGUGGAUGAGAAGAGGAAAGCCAGGUCCACUCCUGCCAUUCUGUCAGAGAUUGUCAAGGAAGAAGGGUUGCUGGCGCCCUACAGGGGCUGGCUCCCAGUGAUCUGCAGUCUCUGCUGUUCCAACUUCGUCUACUUCUACUGCUUCCACAGCCUGAGAGCCAGCUGGCUCCGGGGACACAAGUCAACUCCAAGCAGAGACCUGCUAAUGGGCAUUGCUGCAGGUGUAGUGAACGUGCUUGUGACCACUCCGCUGUGGGUGGUCAACACACGACUCAAGCUUCAAGGAGCAAAGUUUCGCAAUGCAGACAUCCAUCCCACUAACUACUCAGGCAUCAUGGAUGCCUUUGUGCAGAUCAUUGAGGACGAAGGGGUGGGGGCCCUGUGGAACGGGACAUUCCCUUCUCUCCUGCUGGUGCUCAACCCGGCUGUCCAGUUCAUGAUCUAUGAAGGCCUGAAGAGGCAGCUGAGAAGCUUGGUUCACAGAGAGCUGUUGUCUCUGGAGAUAUUUCUGAUUGGUGCCGUAGCCAAAGCAGUGGCCACCACAUUCACAUACCCACUACAGACUGUACAGUCCAUCCUGAGGUUUGGUCAACACAAGCAGCACACAGACAGAUCACCAUUGCUGAACAGCCUGAGAAGUGUGAUGUAUCUGGUUAUCAAUAGAGUGAGGAAGUAUGGCAUGCUGGGCCUGUUCAAAGGCCUGGAAGCUAAACUCCUGCAGACCGUCCUGACCGCUGCCCUCAUGUUCCUGCUCUACGAGAAGAUAGCCAGCAGCACCUUCAGUGUCAUGGGAGUGAAGAGGCCUGCUUCCAGCCACUAGCCUGUCUGUGACAUCAGAUAUCCGAUGCCAUAUGUCUCCCCUUGGCCAUAACCCCUCAAUGUUGGCAUGUAUAAAGGGUCUGGGUCGGUAUAAGCAGUGUAGCUAAGGGUAAAUCUUCCACCAUAUUUCUUCCACCUUACAGACAUGCAAGCGUGAAAUGGUUAGGGGCAAAGGGAGGGGAAGGAAUCGAACUGAGACCAGCUGAGACUGUACCAGAGAUAUUAGAGAGAGGAUGAAAUGGGAGUCCCAUUGGGCAAUGAAUGUAGGAAUGUAUAACGCUUCACCCAGUAGACUCACGGUGCAUUCUGGGCGAUUCUGGGACAAGGAGAGCUCUCCUUCAAGGAGUGAAUGGCAGUCAAUUUGGCGCUAGCUCAAAACCACAAAAUUAACAUGAAUAACCCUUUUCAUAACCUUAGCCUAAUUAUCCUAACCUGCUACGUAAAUUCUCCUAACCUGCUACGAAAAACGAAAUCUGAUGUUAAUUUUACAAAAGCUUGAUCCCUUCUAGCCAUAGCUGAGCUCUCCUUGUCCCAGGUUUUUUGUCUAUUUAUUUUUCUAGAACUGCCAAUUUUGUGGAAGUAGACACCACUUGUUCCUCAGACUCCUGUGGAUUUCAUCGUUUUGUACUUUUCAAUGUUCUAAGAUUAAUUUGUGGAUUUAGUUAAGCAGCUAUUUUGUGAUGCAUUGUUGCUCUUGUCAAAUCACUGGGAAAUGUUUUCAUUCUGUCAUUAAUUGGCUCUCUGACAAACGUGUUGAAUAAUUAAGGGAUGUAUUUUAAAAUAUUUUUUUGUCCAAUAUGAUGGAUGGAUAAUUCACCAACAUUUCAGAUUUUCAAAGGUUGAUAGAAAUAAAAUCUUGCUGCUCAAAUAAGUACAUUUUAGCUUUUUUGACCAUAUGCUUUCAUCUCCUUCAGCCAGCUCUCUGAGAGAGAAGAAAGACUGGUACCAGGUUAAAUAUGCAUCAACAAUUGUCGUUUCAAGAUUGUCAUUUAAAAAAAAUCGUUUUUUUCCCUCUGAUUUGCGUACUUUUACUGAUGUGGAGCGUUGUUUUAUUUUUUUUACAGUAAUAUAAUUUUGGACCAGUAGAUGAGGUCACAGCCCCAUAAAAAAAGGUUUAAAAUGUAGUGUUUAAUGCGGUGCUAUAUGUUAACUUGAUUUGUUUGUUUUGAUUAAACGUCUAUUUUUAUCCACA